AUGUCUUAUAGAAACCCCAAUGUGGAGAAUCCUCAAGACCAAGUGUAUCCUCCAAGGUAUCCACAACAACAAAGACCUCCUUACCAAUCUCAAGGAAGUCAAUUUCAGCCAAGGCAAGGAUAUGAGCAGAGAUCAUCAUAUCCGCCCAAGGAGCCAUAUGCUUCUUCACCAAAUCAAGCUCCUCCAAACCAACAAGGUGGGAGAUUUGAAGGAAUCCUCCAACAGAUCAUGGAUGGCCAGAAGAGAAACACUAAAGAGAUGUAUGAGAAGAUGGACACUUUGUUCAGCAAUCUCAACACCAAGUAUGAUGCUGUUGCCACUCAUGUGAAGAAACUAGAGACUCAAGUCACUCAAACUAUGGAAGCUGUUAAGAGACAGGAAGCUGAAUCCAAGAAGUCCUUUUGCAACUCAGCUGCCAUAGAAGAAAGAUUUGAAGACCAAGUUCCAGAAUGGAUGCUUUCAAAACCUACUGUUGAUUGCAUGAUUUGGCCUGAAGAGAAUUACCCAGAGAGAGAGUCCAAUCGAGCUAGAAAGAGAAGACUCUUCCCAAAGAUUAUCCCCAAGACAGAUAACUCAGGAAAGUUUGCUGUGAACAUCAUGUCUAAGAGGAUAGCUGACAAGAUAGGCCUCACCAAGAUAGAGCCAUCAUCCAUCUCCAUCAACUAUGCUGAUUCAUUCUCACAAACACCCUAUGGCUUUGUGCCUAAUGUGAUGGUGCAGAUUGGAAAUUGCUCUAUCCCUACUGAUUUCCAGAUUGUGGAAAUGAGAGAGAGUAGUCAUAGACCUCUCAUAUUUGGAACCCCUUUCCUGUCUACUGUGGGUGCCAUAUUUGAUUUCCCCAAUCAAAGAAUCUCUUUCAACAAGGUGAACAAGGGUAUGUUCUUCCCUAUGUGUUCAACAAAGAACUCUUUUGUUGACAUGGUCCAAGAGGAGAAAGCUACUUUGAAGCCACCCCAAGAAGGAGAAACUGAAGAAACAAUCAAGGAAGAUCCCAUUCCUAAGCCCAAGCAGCUUGCCAAACAAGCAAGGAGUAAGACUAAGGCCCCUACACCAAAACCGCCCAAGGGAUCAACCAAGAUUGAAGAUGAGGCCAAGCCAAGAAAGAAGGUUAGAAAACCUAGGUCUGGCCGCAACAUGAAGCUUCUAUUCCCAGAGGAGCUUAUUGAUGAGAAUCUAGAAGGAUUCAAGGAGAGAGUGACAAGAACUCUAAAGCUUUUUCCUAAGGCAGUAGUGCCAAGGGACAUUCAUGGAGAGAUUGUCUAUCCAGCUGUGAAUCACCCACCAGAUACUCAUUGCAAGGAGAAAAGACUUGGAGGAUCAAGGAUGCCUCUAUCUUCUCCUGAGCGCCAAGCCCUACAGUCAAGCUAA